CUCGACUGUGAGAUGUAUUAUUAAAGGCGUUGGCAUUGUGGUACCCCAGUAAUUCUCAGUUGGUGCUUUAUUAUAGAUGCAUAUAAUGGGAACUGGAGCAGUAAGACUCCUACUUUUACUGGUCCUCGGGUGUCUGAAGGUUCAGGGUGUGCCAUAUCUGCUGGACCCGCAGUGCGUUUCGGCUAGAACUGAGCCAGGACAUUAUCGUGUGAUCAAUGGCAGGGCUGCAGAUCUACUUUCCAAUCCCUGGAUGGUGAUAAUCAUCGAGCGUGGAAUGAUGAAGUGCGGAGGAUCAUUGAUCACACAACGUUUUGUAUUGACAGCUGCGCAUUGCAGAAGCGAAACAAAUAGGCAAUUGAUAGUGCGUUUGGGGGAGUAUGACGUUAAUCAGCCCUUCGAUUGCACGAGCUAUGGCUGCAUUCCCCGUCCCAAGGAAAUAAAUGUGAGUAGGACAUAUGUGCAUGGGCAGUAUAACGACUUCCACAGCAAUGAUAUAGCUCUACUUAAACUGGAAACGGCAGUGCAGUACGGAGAACACAUUAGACCGAUCUGCAUGAUAAUGGGUGAUUCGAAUUGGUCGAGGAAUAUACUAAAAAACAUAAACCAGUUCAACACCACAGGCUGGGGUCGCACGGAAGCCCGAACAAAUAGUCCCGUCCUGCAGCAAACCUCCUUGAUGCACUACAGCCUCAACUAUUGUGCUCAGUACUUCGGAAGGCAGAUGGAUCACACCCACAUAUGCGUGGGGAGCAGCACAAGUGCCACGUGCAGUGGUGAUUCCGGAGGUCCCUUAACAGCCAGGCUGAAGUUCGGCCGGGAAAAAAGGGUCUUCCUCUUCGGGGUGGUCAGCUAUGGACCAGGUCACUGUUUUGGGCCCACUGUCUUUACCAAUGUCCUCCCUUAUUCAAAUUGGAUCGAGUGGCAAACCAAGAAUAACUGA